AUGGCUUCCCACACUCCACACGAAACCGACCGGUUACUAGGAAAUGAUGCCGAUUCUGAUACUCCACCCCAGAAAUAUCGUCGCCACAGACUUAUCAACCAUCUUACCUCGGACAUAAAUCCUAAUCAUGGCGACCUUAUUCUUCUGUUUUGCUACGUGAUCACUGGGCUACUCGACAGCUCCGCCGUCUUUGUCUGGGGCUCUUUCGUGAGCAUGCAGACCGGUAACACUGUCUACCUAGGGCUCGGUCUCAUGGGAGCCGAUGAGAGCACUCGCUGGCUUAGAGCAUUAACCUCAAUCGCCAGUUUCUGUGUGGGAUCCUUCUGCUUUGCCUCUUUUCACCGACGGUUCUCUCCUCGGAGGCGCUGGGUGCUCUGUCUUUCAUUUACCAUCCAAAUGCUCUGCGUAGCCACGGCUGCUACGAUUGUAACCACCCACCAAACUUCUAGAGACUCCCCUCUAACCUGGAAGGUGGUUGUUCCAUUGAUGUUGGUCGCGUUUCAGAGCAGUGGUCAAGCAGUGACGAGUCGCGCCCUGCAGCUCAAUGGUCUCACUAGUGUGGUGUUGACAAGUGUGUAUUGCGACUUAUUCUCCAGCCCGGAGCUUCCCCCUUUGUCGAUGGUACAUGGAGUGGAAAACAGGCGACGUGGCGGGGCAGUGGUAUGUCUUCUGCUUGGGACGAUGCUGGGAGGUCUGUGGGCCAAGAGCCCGGUUGGACUAAUGGGGGCGUUUUGGACCGCAGUUUUGUGCAAGGCUUGUAUUGCUGUUGCCUGGCUGGUUUGGCGGGGGCAACCAAUGGAGAACAUGGAGGAUGACGGGCUGGACCAAUGA